AGUGGGCUUUGAACAAAGGAACUAACUAUAAAGAAAAAAAAAAUGAGAUGGAUGGCAUUAUUAUCAAAGUAAGAGAUGGGGGGACGGAAGGGGUGUUAUGCGAUAGGGUUAAACAGGCGAUGGUAUUCAUUGACACUAAAACCAAGUGAAGGUCAGUUUUUGUAUUUGAUAAAGGGAGCAUCAAAGUUAUUAUUGUCAGAGUUGGCAUGCAUUUUUCAUUGUAAGAAUGUAAGACGGUGAAUCCAAGUACCAAAAUACAAAAAAACCAUUGAAAUUCAUACUUCGGUGGAGGUGGGGGUCCCCCUUUUUUUUUUAAUCAAAGUUUCUGGCUUUGCAAAGGUUAAUUAUAAAGAAGUUCCCAUAUUUUUUUGCAAAACCCAAAAAGGAAGAGGGGUCAAGUUCGGGUUUUUAUUUAAUAGAUAUUUAAAUAGAGUGUUUGGGUUUUUUUGGAGUGAAGCGUGGUGGCCUGGUGGGGGUUGAAAUCAGAAUAUAUGUGGGAUAAGAGGAGGGUAAGGAUUUUUGUAGUGGUGGCGGUGCUGAUUCAAAGGAGAUGAGUGGGAACAUUCUGAGAUUUGGCUUUUUGUGGGAAAAUGUUAAAUAGAAGGGAUAGAGGGAAGUGAUGGGUGUCAAAAGAUGAGGACCAGCUCCUCUUUUUGAUGUGAUUUUUGGUCGGGUAGUUUUUAUGCUAUGUGGGGUUUGGUUUUCUUGUUUUUUCGUUUUGGUGUUUCUUUGGUGUUGUGGCUAAAAGGAUAAUAGCGGUUGCUUCAUGCACUGCAGUGGACAGUUAACAUCCUGCUUACUCUUUGACUGUUAAUGAUAUAUUGAUGUUGGAUUCUUGAUACUUGGAAGGGCAAUAAUAGUAAAGGGAACUGCUUUGGGACAUAUAAGGCUCUUUUCUAGUGACCCCUUCAAGGUUUUCUACCUUAAGCAUAGGAGUAAAAGAUAUAAGAGGAAGUGAAAUUGUGUGAGUGUUGGAAAAUACAAUUUGUUUAGCCAAGAUGAAGUUUAUGAAACUGGGGUCCAAGCCUGAUUCAUUUCAGACUGAUGGAGGUUAUAUCAGGUUCGUUGCAAGUGACUUAGCAACUGACAUGGUCGUUAACGUUGGGGAUGUGAAAUUCUAUCUCCAUAAGUUUCCGUUGUUAUCCAAAAGUGCACGCUUGCAGAAGCUGGUUGCAGCAACAAAUGAUGCGAAUGGUGAUGAAAUCCACAUUCAAGAUAUACCUGGUGGACCUGCAGCAUUUGAAGUAUGUGCUAAGUUUUGUUACGGAAUGACUGUCACUCUCAAUGCGUACAAUGUUGUCGCAGCUCGAUGUGCUGCUGAAUACCUCGAGAUGUAUGAAACUGUUGAGAAAGGAAAUCUCAUCUAUAAGAUUGAUGUCUUCCUGAAUUCGAGCAUAUUCAGGAGCUGGAAAGAUUCCAUCAUUGUUCUUCAAACAACAAAAUCUUUGCUUCCAUGGUCGGAGGAACUAAAGGUGGUCAGCCACUGCCUUGAUUCAAUAGCUUCCAAGGCUUCAAUUGAUACUUCCAAGGUGGAAUGGUCGUAUACCUAUAAUCGGAAAAAGAUAGCAUCAGAGAAUGGAAAUAGUCCACAGUGGAAUGAUGCAAGAAAACCACAAAUGGUUCCGAAGGACUGGUGGGUAGAAGAUCUUUGUGAGCUUCCUAUUGAUCUAUACAAGCGCGUGAUUGCGACGAUUAAAACAAAAGGCAGAGUUUCUGGAGAUGUAAUUGGAGAAGCCCUAAAUGCAUACACCCUAAGAAGAUUGCCUGGUUUUAGCAAGGGUGUGAACCAGAAUAUUGAUUUCGUAAAGUAUCGGUCAUUGGUGGAGACCAUUGUGUGGCUGCUGCCAACUGAGAAAGGAGUUGUUUCUUGUAGCUUCUUGCUUAGAUUAUUAAGAGCAGCAAUUUUUUUGGAUUGUGGAGAAACAGAGAGAAAUGAGUUGAUGAGGAGAAUUGCUCAGCAGCUUCCGGAGGCAACGAUGAAUGAUCUAUUAAUUCGAGCUCCACCUGGUGAAGCAACAGUAUUUGAUGUUGACAUAGUUCAAAACUUGGUUGAGGGGUUUGUGACUCACAGUUCUCAAACUGAACCCGUAGAUAAUGAAUUCCUCGGGAGUAGAAGCCCCAAGUUUGGACCUGAUGCUUCUAAAGUGUUGGUAGCAAAGCUAAUUGACUGUUACCUAGCUGAAAUUGCACAAGAUCCGAAUUUUCCUCUUUCAAAAUUUGUCAAUCUUGGUGAAACUAUAGCUAGCUUCUCGAGACCUUCUCAUGAUGGACUUUACCGUGCCAUAGACAUGUAUCUCAAGGAACAUCCUGGAAUCAGCAAGAGUGAGAGAAAGAGAAUAUGCAAGUUAAUGGACUGCAGGAAGCUAUCGGCUGAGGCCUGCAUGCAUGCUGUGCAAAAUGAGAGACUCCCGUUGCGAGUCGUCGUGCAGGUCCUCUUCUUUGAGCAAGUCAGGGCUACAGCAUCAGCUGAAAACAGCACGUCCGAUCUCCCAGGGUCCAUCAGGGCCCUUCUCCCUGGUGGGUCUCAUGGCAGCUCAAGGUCCACUACAACGAACACCGAAGAGGAUUGGGAUUCGGUGCCAACAGCUGAUGAUAUCAAAGCUUUGAAAGGGGAGCUUGCUACUCUAAGAUUAGGCAGUAAUGAUAGUGGAAAUGAAGCAGCUAAAUCCGAAGUCGAAAAGGUUGCUGCUAGUCGAAUGAAAGGUUUGGUGAUGUCAAAAAUAUUCUCGAAACUUUGGUCGAGUAAGGAAAGACAUGGUGAAAUUAGCAGCUCGGAUACAUCAGACAGCCAUGGAUCUGUGAAUGCGGAAGAAACAAAGUCCACCCCUUCUAGAAGUAGGAGACAUUCACUAUCUUAGUUCAGGAUGAUGCCCUUAGCAGAGCAUUAAAACUUGCCUUUUGUCUGGCUUUGUAAAAUUGUCUAAGAAGAUGACAGUAGGAGACUAGAACCAACUGAUUUUUCUAGCUAAGCUUACCACUUUGGAUGUUUCGAGCAAAUGGAAUGAUGCACGUUGAAUAA